CACCAGCUCGCCAGACAGAAGACGGUCGACCCGACGUGUGCCACCUUGUUGGAGAUGUCAAACCGCUGAGAGGCGAUCCUGGACUCUGCUGUUUCACCUGCCCAUAGAAGCGCAGCCAUGGGGAAAGGAUGCAUCACAGUCACCAAGUAUUUUCUAUUUCUCUUCAACCUCCUCUUCUUUGUCUUCGGAGCGUUGAUUAUGGGCUUUGGCCUGUGGGUCCUCUUUGAUAACCAGAGCUUCAUUGCAGUUCUACAAGAAUCAUCAGACACAUUGAAAGUGGCUGCCUACAUUUUCAUCGGAGUGGGGUCCUUGUCGAUGGCCAUGGGCUUCUUCGGCUGCAUUGGAGCGAUCUACGAAAUCCGUUGUCUGCUGGGUCUGUACUUCACCUGCCUCCUACUCAUCCUCAUCGCCCAGGUCACUGCUGGAGUUCUCAUCUACUUCCAAAGAGAUCGGUUAAAGUAUGAAAUGUCCAACAUCAUGAAGGACAUGAUAAUCAACUACACCGGCCAGAACAGGACCACAGAGCACACCUGGGACUACAUUCAGAAGACGAUGAAGUGCUGUGGAUGGACUGGUCCAGGCAACUGGUCUGAGAACAUGUUGAUCAGGAACAGCUCCCAGAACCUCUACUCGUGCUCCUGUCGCAAUGAGUCCUUACCUGGCACGGACAUCAGGGACGUGGGCCUGUGUGAGCAACUGUCCGCACAAGCUCCCAUCUAUGAAACGGGCUGUGCUACCAGUGUGGAGAAAUGGCUCCUGGACAACUUUGGAGUUAUUAUGGGAAUCUGUGGCAGCGUGGCCGUCAUAGAGCUCCUCGGGAUGAUCCUCUCCAUGUGUCUUUGCAAGAGUGUCGUCCAGGAGGAUUAUACCAAAGUACCCAAGUACUGAGCUGGAGACAGAGCCAGCUUCACGCCACACACAGAUGGAUGGACUUUCUCUCUCACUCUCUCUCUCUCUCUCUCUCUCUCUCUCUCUCUCCUAGUCUCACAUUCUCAUGAACACACACACACAUUAAGACGGCUGUCUCCACCAUUUCAGCUUUUCUUUCCUUGACAGCUGUGCAACAUUCUCACACCUCAUACGUCAUAACACACACAACACACACACACCUCUCUAUCAAGUUUUGACUCACUUGUUGGACAUGCGUCCACAAGCUGCCAUUCUUGUCGAAUCACUUUGUGGUUUGUUUAAGGAGACAUUUAUGAUGUGAUGUUGCUUACAUGUGUUGGUGGAAACCUGAGAAUUAUUCAGUUUGAUACGCUACAAAUGUUCAUUUCGGAGUUGUUUUUGUUUUCCUUGACUGACCUCAAUGAAUCGCUUCACAUAGUUAGUAGAGAGAGCACUUUAGUGACAUUUGGUGAGCUGAGAGCCGGAGCACCUUCUGCCUCUGGAGCAUGGAGAUCAGAGGGAGACGGGCGGGUGCAUGGUGGUGAUGGUGAUGGUGGUGGUGGUGGUGGUGGAGGUUCUCAAAGGAUUAAUCCCACUUGGUGAUUGCGCAGCUGGUAUUUUUGGUGCAGAGGGUGGAGGAGAGGCCCAGGGCUGAGCCGGGGCAGGGCUGCUGUGGUGGAGGUUUUGGCUUCUCUCAUCAGCGCCUUGGACCCAGAAGCCCUGAUAUUAACCUCUAUUUACACCCACCACCACCGCCUCCAUCCUUCCUCCCUCCAUCCGUCAUCUGUUAGCAUCUCUAUCCUCCUCUCGGGUUUGUCUGACUGGUAGUUUUGCAUGAAGUAAGUGUGUGUACGUCUUGAGUGAGUCUCAUUUUGUUUUUAUAACUGUGUAUAUAUGACUGGUAAGGUAUUAUGGCACUUCAGUGCUUCGUCAGUGUUUCAUAUGAGAACGCUGUCAGAUUUAAGAGCCCGAUUACUCUUCGUUUCCUCACUAUUGUUUAUGAUGUACAGAAUGUGUCUGCCACAGCGGCUCGUCAGCACUAUUUUGGUCUGAAUCUGAGAAAUUUGAUCCCUGAGAGUGAAUCUGUCAUCACUCUUGAAGCUGUAUUUUCAUUUCUGUAACAUUGCAUGAGUUUGUGAAAAGACAACGUUGCUGACGGAGUUGUUUAUUAACUCGUGCUCUUUGCUAAAAAUAUGUUUUUCACUAAUGUUGCUUUGAGUUUCCCCAUCCCACUUCUCAUCAUUUCAGUUCCGCCACUUUAAACACGUUAUUGUUGCUUAAUUCAUUGUUAAUUUAGUAGAUAGAUUGCACUUUUAUGUGGUUUAAAUCCAACAUGAGUAAUGAAAAAAGUAUGCUGCAAUGACGCAAGUGCAGAAAGUGUCAGAAUUACAGUCGGCCUCUAUUUCAUGACCUACCAAAUUGAAACGUUAAUUUAUCUUAAUAAUGUAUGAAUUCUUUUUACUGUGUGUUCAAGAUAUUUUUACACUUAUCAAAAAAAAAUGUUUAGUAGAAUUAAUAUAGUAAGACAUGUUUAAAAAGAGAUGUGUUUUAUUACUAUUGAGGAUUAUUAAUAAACCUGAACCCAAUAGAA